AGAAAAACAGAAAAUCGAUGUUGCGUGGGGGGUGCUCCAGGUCGUUUACCUUACCAGGCUGCUCUUUUUCACGGAUUCGCAAAAAAUAUGUCGGCUGUUUUAUUCAUUCAAGUUAGCACUGUAAAUCUAUGGCUUCCGAUUCAGCCAGAUUCAUCGUGACAUGAAGCCCGACUUCACGGCUCAUGCUGAUCCAUAGCUCCAUCUUUCCCGCCGGCUUUCACGCACCACGACGUCGGUUUCCGCGUGUAGGUAUUUCUGCUUCUUGCGGAAAAGCUUCCAACGCGCGUCUUCCUCGCGUGUCCCUCAGCACCGUUCGGUUUCCGGCAGCUGUCCUAAAGGUUCUUUGAAUCCUAGAGAUUUCCGCUUGUAGAUAUUUCAGCUUCUUUUUGAGAAGCUUCCAACGCUCCUCUCCUCGCGUGCUUACCGUUCGGCUUGGGGAUAUCUGUUCGAGAAGUGAUUGAGAUCCCGGUAGCGCUACUCGUUGGUCGGCUACUACUAAUUGUAUAUGGUGUAUGCGUUAUCAUUCUCACGAUACUUUGAGAGGAUCGUAGUAUAUUCGAUUUGCUAGGAUCACUACUCCUCUCUUUUUUUCCUUUCGCGUGCGAUUUUCCUACUACUUGUACCUCCAAUCGCGGCUCUCGCAACCGUAGUGGCGAUCGAUUCGCGAAAGCUUCGCGCAUGCCGUCGCCAUGCAGCAAGUCGUCGCACACGACAGUCUUUGUAGCACUAGCACCGCUGCGACGGGCGACUUCGCAAGCAAUCGCCGAAGGCAGUCACAUCCGUCGCAUCCGUCGCAUCCGUCGCAUCCGUCGCAGCCGUCGCAGCCGUCGCAGCCGUCGCAGCAGCAUCACGAGACCAACCACCAUACCACUCAUCGCCCCUCCAGUAAAAGCGCACCAGCCCCGCCCAAGCCUUCCACGUUGCAGUCACAUCUGAUACAGUCACCUCCGAGGUGUAGCCCACCACCACCGCCAUCAUUUUCAUCCUCGUUACUAUCACGCUCCUCUCUAUCCCUCAACCAACGGCUCCUCCUCCUCCUCCUCUUCCUCACGGGCUUCCUCCUCGGUUCCCUCUCCGCGCACGUCCUCCUUUUAGACGGCCUCGCUACCAUAUCGAAGCUCUCCCGCCACCGCGCCGCGCUGCUCGCGUCCACCCGCCGACAGCUCGACCGGCGGCGGCGCCGCUGGCUCCUCCCGCAGCCGCCGCCAGCUCGACUGUCGUCAUCGUCUUUAGCGUCGUCGUUAGCGUCGUCGUUAGCUGGCACUAGUCCCAGUAUUGCUGGUGCCAGCAGCACACCUACCACUGAUGUAGGGCCACCAUCGCAAGAAGGGUCGCAAGGGGCGGCGCUCAGUGGCCCAGGGGACAGCGGGCCGAUGCGCAAUUCCACGUCAGCGUCGUCGGUAUCCAUGUCGGCAUCGCCGUCGUCGUCCACGUCAACGUCGUCAGAUUCCCCGUCGGCGUCGUCCGCCGCUGCAGCAGCAGCAGCAGCAGGGGGGGGGGCUGCAGCAGCGGCAGGGGGGGCAGCAGCGGCAGGGGGGGCAGCAGCGGUAAGGGGGGCAGCAGCGGCAGGGGGGGCAGCAGCGGCAGCGGCAGGGGGGGAACCGGAAUUGGAUCCAGAGGCGCGGCAUCGCAUGGUGCGGGCUGACGAGCUGCAGCGAGCGCUGGCGACGAUGGUGAAGGGUCGCAGCGUGUGCGCGACGAUCGCGAACGUCGCGUUCGAGGAUAUGCUGCUCAACUGGUGGGAGCACACGCGGCGUUCUGGGAUACAGAACGUGCUGGUCGGCGCAUUGGAUGACUAUACCAUGAACUUAACCCAUCGUCACCGCAUCCCAUCCAUCCGCCUGCACGGGGUGCUCCCUCCAGGAAACUUCCGCAGCAACGCCACAGCUUUCCAGGGCAUGGGCGCACUAAAGACGGCUUUAAUCUCCUCGGUUCUAGAGGCGGGGUGGGACGUGCUACUAAGUGACACUGACGUGGUGUGGCUGAGAGACCCCCACGUGUACUUCUACGAGAGCGCUGACGUGGCGCAUGCUGAUUUGUUCGUCACGUCUGACUCGCUCUCGCACAGCAACGACGUGGCCAGCCAGCAACGCAACCCCAACGUGAUGGUGGGCCGGGACGCCCAGGGCUGGUUCCGCAACGCCACUCCCAGAGCCACUGAGAUCUUUGGCAACGCAUACGAGCACGCACUCAACACAGGGAUCCUCUUCUUUAGAGCGUCCCCCGUUACUGUCACGUUCGCGCUGACGUGGCACCACGCGAUGCGGACGCGGGGGAGGAGCGAGGGGUGGGAGAGGAUAUGGGGCGACCAGCACGCAUUCAACCUGCUGCUAAGAUAUGGCAUGUUCCCCAUUCAGGUAGUUUCCUCCCCCUCCACCGGCCGGCCCAUCAGCAACCGCGUGUUCUGGGCCUUCUCGCACCGCCUCAAGCUCGCCCUGUUGCCCCUCGCGCUCUUCUGCAACGGCCACGUCUUCUUCGAGCAGCGGAUUCCCAAGAGGCUCGGAGUGACCCCCUUUGCGGUGCACAGCACGUUCCAGUUUCACUAUGGCGCCGGGAAGAUCGGGAGAUUCAGAGAGGCAGGCCUGUGGGCGCUCGACCCCCCCGAGUUCUACACCCAAGGAAACUUCCUCUCGUUCGAUGUGAAGCUUCCUGCAUGGAUCGAAACCAUGCCUACAGGCAUCGACAAGCACCAGGCAGCCAUUCAGUUCGCCUAUGUAGUUACUCGCAAGGCUCUGGCCAUAGCUCGACUUCUCAACCGCUUCCUCAUCCUCCCCCAUGUCACCUGCUACUGCGACCGGUGGUGGGACAGCCUGUGGGAGCCAUGCAGGGCGCCUGGGGGCGACAUAGACCCGCCCUUCACCUGCCCUAUCGACCUCUUUAUCAACCCCAUGGCGUGGGGCUCCGACCCCCACACCAUGCUCUACCGCCCUGCCUCCUUCCUCUCCUUACCGCAAGUCCCAAAUGAGAUCCGCUCCUCAAAAGCACUUGUGAAAGUGGAUUAUGGGCCGGGUGUUAUUGAUUUUGGAAGUGACACUUUCUCGCGCCUUCCUUUGGCUGCCGAUGGGCUUUCCUCGAACCUCCCCUCAGCUCCGACCCUCCUCUUGGAUGCAGCACAGGCGCAGGGGCAUGCAGCGACGACCUCACUGCAUGCACCACAAGGGGGGGAUACAGGGGAAGAGCAGGAAAGAAGCGUGCAGGAGGGCAGAAGAGAGUGGGUGUUGCUCCCUGCCAAUGCUACGGAUGGCGAGGUGACGAGGUGUUUGGGUGCGCUGCGGUUGGUGCGAGUGCUGCAUCUGGCAAACGCUGUGGACUCCUUCUGCCGGCACGUUGAUUCGAAUUCAGUGGGUGCAUUUGACAGGCUCACCCGGCCGUAUUUCACUCAGGACUGGUGUUGUACACCCAAGCAUGAGACUCGUAAAUUUGAGAUCCAACCACUAGCAGAUGUUACAUUUGCGUCAUGUAACAGAUAUGAUGCGCAAUGAAAGCCAUUUUCUCAUAACCACCCGUGUAC